AUGAGCGAAUUCCAGGCGCCGAAAUUUGGUGGCAGGCCCGCUGAGAGCGCAACAGACUUUCUGCGUCGUCUCAACGUCAAGUGCUUGACAAUCGGCUGCAAGUCCGAGAGCGACAAGGAUGAUUUUCGGCUCGUGUAUUUUGUCGACGGCCUCCGAGAUGGGGCUAGAGCUUGGUACGAUGACGAGCUGUCAGCAGCAGAGCGCGAGUCGUGGCCGCUGCUGGCUAAGGCGUUCUGCGAGCGCUGGGGUGGUCGCAGCGAGGAUGACGGCCAGAGGGACGAGGGGACCGAGAGAGUUGGAGCUGCAGGCGAACUGAUUGGUGACGGCGUCGACACGGUCGUUCCCCACUACGACGACGACGACGACGACGCUGCGGUGACGGCCAUUAUUGCAGCCGGCACAACACAAUCCCCGACGGCGGCUGAGCUGCCUCUCGAGGGCGGCAUGCUGCUUCGAGAUAUGCCUCAACGGACGGCAUUUUACGACUCUAUCGACGAGCGUCAGAUGAGCCAGAGCGAUGCCAAGCUGUUCUACCAGAGGAGCCAGCUAGACCUGCAGCAGCUGAAGCAGCCGGCGCUGCAGUUUGAUCCCGUCGGAAGUCCACUCGUCAGCGUGCCCACCGCCUCGUCUGUUGCUGACCCAAGCCACGGCUUACCGCCAUUGCCAAGCAGCGAUUACGGCUUUGGCGAGGUGGAUCUUGACGCAGCAGCAGCUGCUGUUGGUGCUGCAGGUGGUACUUCGACUAUGCCUGGCGAAAGUGGGCCUUCGAAUCUGGGUGCUACGGCAGUAACAGCAGGCAUGACAGCGACUGCUGCGGCGGUGACGCCGAUCAUGGCUCCAUCAGCCACGAUGAUACCCACAGCAGCAGCCAUGGCUUCGGGGUCAUUGGGUGGUGGCUUGAGCUCGCUCACAGGGCUGAGUAUCGGUGAGCCGUCAGGGAUCGGCAGCAGAACGUACGCCGAUGCGGAUCCGCAGAUCACGACGGAGCUGGCGGCGAUCUUUGUGGACAUCAAGAAGUUUAUCGAUCUGCGACGCAAGUACAUCGGUCUCUCACUGCAGGGGCCGACGGACAAUCCCAAGGACGACCCCAGCUGGAGGAUCUACCCACCCCCACCAGAUCCGGCUUGGGUGGCCGAGCACGGCACCGGGACGCACGAUGCCAGCAACGGGGCAGACAGCCUCGCUGCCAGCACGGUGCUGCCGGAGCAGACGGGCGACGGCAGCCAGGCACAGGAGGCACAGCCGCGGCCUCCUGCACAGAACAAGAAGCGCAAGCCUGGGCAGGACAUCGGCGAGGACUUCAACAUGGACGACCUGAUGCCGCUGCCGGGCGAGAGCAAGAUGGUGUACCGGCUGGACAAGAACAGUGUGUACCAGGUGUACGAGGACGAGCAGGUGGCAGCGGCAGCGGCAGCGGCCGAAGAAGGAGCAGAGAGCAGCGGCGCGGAGACAGGAAUGACAGCGAUGCCGAUUGUGCAGGUGCCGACGCUGCGGGAGUUCUACAUGGACCUGGAGCCGAUCCUGGCGCUGUCUGCGGACGGGCCAGCCAAGAGCUUCGCGUACCGGCGGCUGCAGUACCUCGAGGGCAAGUUCGGACUGUACACGCUGCUGAACGAGUACCAAGAGACGGCAGAUACGAAGCGGGUGCCGCACCGCGACUUUUACAACGUGCGCAAGGUGGACACACACGUGCACCACUCGGCAUGCAUGAAUCAGAAGCACCUGCUGCGGUUCAUCAAGAGCAAGAUGAAAAAGUGUCCGGACGAGGUGGUGCUGUACCGCGACGGGCAGCUGCUGACACUGGCGCAAGUGUUUAAGAGCAUCAAGCUGACGGCAUACGACCUCAGCAUCGACACGCUGGACAUGCACGCCCACACGGACUCGUUCCACCGGUUCGACAAGUUCAACCUCAAGUACAAUCCGGUUGGCGAGUCGCGGCUGCGGACCAUCUUUCUCAAGACGGACAACGACAUCCAGGGGCGGUAUCUGGCCGAGAUCACCAAGGAGGUGAUUGCCGACAUGGAGUCGAGCAAAUACCAGAUGGUGGAGUGGCGCAUCUCGAUCUACGGCCGGUCGGCGGACGAGUGGGAGAAGCUGGCGGCCUGGGUGGUGGACAACAAGCUGUUCUCGCACAACGUGCGCUGGCUGGUGCAGAUCCCGCGGCUGUUCGACGUGUACCGGGCGAGCGGGCUGAUGGGACGGUUCGAGCAGGUCGUGGCCAACGUGUUUGAGCCGCUCUUUGAGGCCACACGCAAUCCGGCAGCGCAUCCGAAGCUGCACGUCUUUCUGCAGCGGGUGAUUGGGUUUGACAGCGUCGACGACGAGAGCAAGGUGGAGCGGCGGCUGUACAAGAAAUUCCCGGUGCCGCGGGCAUGGGACUCGCGCCAGAACCCGCCGUACAGCUACUGGAUCUACUACAUGUUUGCCAACAUGGCGACGCUGAACGCGUUUCGACGACGGCGCGGCUUCAACACAUUUGUGCUGCGGCCGCACUGCGGCGAGGCUGGCGACAGCGAGCAUCUGGCCGUGGCGGCGCUGUGUUCGCACAGCAUCAGUCACGGGCUGCUGCUGCGAAAGGUGCCGCUGCUGCAGUAUGUCUUCUACCUGGAGCAGAUCGGCAUCGCUAUGUCGCCGCUGAGCAACAACGCGCUCUUUCUGGCGUACGAGCGCAAUCCGUUCCACCAGUACUUCAAGCGCGGGCUCAACGUGUCUCUCUCGACCGACGACCCGCUGCAGUUUGCCUUUACCAAGGAGCCGCUGAUCGAGGAGUACUCGGUGGCCGCACAGAUCUACAAGCUCAGCCCGGUCGACAUGAGCGAGCUGGCUAAGAACUCGGUCCUCCAGAGCGGCUACGAGUUCGCCAUCAAGCAGCAGUGGCUGGGGCCCGACUUCCACCUGCCCGGCAUGGCCGGCAACGCCAUGGUCAAGACCAACGUGCCCGACCGACGCGAGCACUUCCGCUACAGCACCCUGAUGGAGGAGUGGGAGAUGAUCAAAAAGUACACCAGCACCGGCUCGACCGUGGCAGCCAGCGCUCCGGGCACGGCGGCACCCCGGUCGCCGGUUGCGCCCUCGCCGCUGCCAAAGAGAAGCACCUCUGUAACCGGAAGCAGCCCGGUGGCCAGACACCGGACGACGAGCUUUGCGGCUCUGCCAGCAGCCGGCCAGCUGCAGAGCCCCUAUCUGGGCCCGACGUUGACGCCGGGGUCUGCCUCGGCUGCUGCGCUCGGCAUCUCCGGGAACAUGACACCCUCGUCGCUGCUGGCGGCGACAUCCUCAGCCACGUCGUUGCUGCCACCGCUGCCACCACCCACACUCUCCGGCAGCGAGCCGCGGUACUUUCCGGGCGUGGUGACACGCAGCCAACGGCGCAACAGCAUCAGCAACGGCAUCAGUGGCAGCAGCUUGAAGACGACAGCAGCAGCAACGGUGCGGCUGCCAGACGACAAGGUGGCAGAAGAGUGA